CCAUUGUACUCUCAUCUCUCUGGCCAAUCCCAUCUCAUCCGUCAGUGUAUGCCUUCACUGUGCAUCUCCUGAAGUGAAUGUCUUUUGGGUUGUUAGUGCUUCACCAGAAGUGCAGUCUUGAAUUAGCACAAUGGAAGUGACUUUAAAAUGUAUUUUUUUGAGAGCAAUGCUGGUGAUUUUAGCUCUAAUUGGAGGAUAUGCUCUGGGAUUUUUUGUGAUGUUUAUCUUCGCUUUAUUGCCAUUUGCAACUAUUGGGAUGUUGGGGAUUUUGGCAUUAGUGAUCACGCUGGUGGUCGUGUUUGGAGUGGUUGUACCUUUACGCCAACGCCGGGUGGUUUGUGUCAGUGUAAUCACUCCAGCCUGAGUAUGGAGAAUCUGGACCAAGAGGAGAUGGAGAGGUUGCUGUUUGGGGCUCUGGGGGUGCGUGGUGGGGGGAGGGACCCCCGUCGGGCCCCCAUCACCCAAUACCAGGUGGAGUCGCUUCUGUCACUCACUGAGGAGGAGGUGGGCUCUCAGCCACAGAUCUUCCCUCUAUUGGAGGAGCAGGCGUCUCAGAUGCAGAGCUGCAGUGCUUCAGCUCCUGCCCUCUGUGUGUCUCCCAGCAAGCAGAUGCCUCCUCAUUACCACACAUCAGGCUCCUCUCUCCGAUCUGUGUUUGGAGGAUCCACACAGAGUGUGGAUGCAGACAGUGAACUGGGCUCUGUGUUGUGGGGGAGAGAGGGGAGAACGGAGGGCCAAGCCGGACUCAGGGAGGAGAAGGGGGACAAGACCGGGAGCCCCCUUGGCCGAACGUUCAGCUUCCUGCGCAAGAUGGCCGGGAAUCGCAAGAACAAAGAGAAGGAGCGCAUGAAGGAGCGCGAGAAGGAGGCGCGCGAGAGGGAGGCGCGCUACAGCAAUGGCCACCUCUUCACCUCCCUCACGGUGUCGGCCACCACCCUCUGCUCUGCCUGCAACAAGAGCAUCACGGCCAAGGAGGCGCUCAGCUGUCCCACCUGCAAUGUCACCAUCCACAACCGCUGUCGAGACACACUGCCCAACUGUGCCAAAAUGAAACAAAAGCAACAGAAGUUGGCCCUGGUGCGCAACAGCUCAGCCCUCCAGAACGUCGCCCUGCGCUCCAAAACUCCCAUGAUGAAGGAGAGGCCCAGCUCAGCCAUCUACCCCUCAGAAAGCAUUAGGCAGUCUCUGCUUGGAGCCCGACGGGUCCGCUCCGGACUCUCACUCUCCAAGAGUGUCUCCACCAAUAACAUCGCAGGGAACUUGAAUGAUGACUCCCCACUGGGCCUGCGGAGGAUCCUGUCUCAGUCCACAGACUCUCUGAACUUCAGGAACAGAGCCAUGUCCAUGGAGUCGCUGAACGAUGAGGGUGAGACGUACUACGCGUCUGUGCUGGAGGAACUGGCGAAGGAGGGCCGUGACUUUGUGGGUGACUCCUGGAGCAUGGCCGUCGACUCCUCCUACCUGCAGACGCACCGCAAAGAUAUUAUCAAGCGUCAGGACGUCAUCUACGAGCUGAUCCAGACAGAGCUGCACCAUGUGCGGACGCUGCGGAUCAUGGAGCUGUUCCGGCGGGGCAUGCUGGAGGAGCUGAUGCUGGAGCCGGGCGUGGUGCAUGCCAUCUUCCCCUGCCUGGACCGGCUGCUGGACCUGCACCAGCGCUUCGUCUCACAGCUGCUCAUGAGGAAGAACCACAGCCUGGCCCCCGGCAGCAGCACCAACUUCACCAUCCACCAGCUGGGAGACGUGCUGUUGGAACAGUUCUCAGGCCAAUAUGCUGAUGAAAUGAGGAAGUCCUAUGCUGAGUUCUGCAGUCGCCACCUAAAGGCUGUCAAACUCUACAAGGAGCUCCUGGCCAGAGACAAGAGAUUCCAGCAGUUCAUACGGCGGAUUAGCAGGGGACCCCUGUUGCGUCGCCAUGGUGUCCAAGAAUGCAUCCUGCUGGUCACACAGCGCAUCACCAAGUACCCAGUCCUCAUUCAGCGUAUCCUGGACAACACAAAAGGGAGUGAGGAGGAGUCGGAGUCACUGGCACAGGGGCUGACGCUGCUGCGGGAGCUGCUCAGCUCGGUGGACCAGCAGGUGCAGGAGCUGGAGCAAACGCAGCGGUUGCAGGAGAUCCGCGCCCGGCUGGACCCCCGUGCCGAAACCGAGGUGCGGGGCGGCGGUGUGUUCCGCGGCAGUGAGCUGCUCCGGCGCAGGCUGGUGCACGAGGGCACGCUGCUGUGGAAGACGGCCAACUCGCGGCUCAAAGAUGUUCAAGUCCUGCUGAUGACGGACAUCCUGGUGUUCAUGCAAGAAAAAGACCAGAAGUACUUCUUCCCCUGUCUGGAUAAGCCCGCAGUGCUGUCGCUGCAGAAUCUGAUCGUUAGGGACAUAGCCAAUCAGGAGCGAGGCAUGUUCCUCAUCAGUGGGUCCACCCCCCCAGAGAUGUACGAACUGCACGCCGCAUCCAAAGACGUCAGGAAGAGCUGGAUGCGCAUCAUCCAGCAGACAGUCAGCUGCUGCCCGUCCAGAGAGGACUUCCCCCUCAUUGAGACGGAGGACAAGGCUUUACUCCGCCGGCUUAGAGCUGACAUCCAGCAGAAAGACCGUGAGGUGUUGGAGCUCCUGCAGGAGCGGGUGACCCUCUUCGGUGACCUGGCCGAGGUCACCAGCACCCAGGAGGUCACGGUCCCCAACAACAACAGAAACCUCUUCAGGGCGGACACACCCCACGCGCCACCAGCGGAGAAGAUCCUCACUGACGCCAUUGCCGAAGUGGAUAGAUUGAGCGAGUUGCUGCUAGGCUCUACCAUUGAGCUCCCUCACUCAAGCAGUUCCAAUGGUGAACCGAACCACACAGGGGCGCCAGUGAGCAAUGGAGAGACAAUUUCAGUCAAUGGCACACAUGAUGUGAACAGCGCAAAGCAGGACAGAAAUGGUAACCAGCUGCACAACAGGACACCCAAUGAGGAGGUAUGCCAAAGACUGGUAAACCUAAGCACGCAGCUACACACACUACAGGCUGCAGUCAUCCGACAGGACUCCAUCUUGGAGCUCUGCUUACGUGAAGGCUCCAUGCCCACCUCCACCCCAACCACCCCGGUGCCCCUGCCAGGCUGCCCGCCGUCACGGCUCAGCCGCUCCAUGUCUCGCGAUACCGGGAUGGACGCCAGCAGCCCUGGGUCGGGGUCCAGCAGCGCCUCUGGUGGCGACUUUGCCCUGCUCCAGCGGCAGAACAGCAUGCUGCAGGAGGAGGUGGGGCGGCUGCGCUCAGCCGAAGCCAAGCUGAAGGACAGCGAGAAGGUCCGCGCCGAGCUGGAGCAGAAGCUCCGGGACACGCAGGAUGGGGCAGCGGCCACCGUUGUCACAGGACAGCACGAGACAGAAGCCACAACGCCACAGACGGCUCCAACCCAGCGACGAAGCAGCAAUGGAGAUGCUGCCCCUCUCGCUCCGCUUGCCUCCCAGGAACCCAUCGACCAGCUAGACGGCCUUCAGGAGGGCAGUGAGGAUGACGAGAACUCCGAGGAUGAGGACGAGGAGAUACAGAUCACGUCCCGGUCUGACAGUCCCCGAGAUCUUCAAGACAUUCCUGAGGAGAGUGAAUGUGGACCAGAGGCCCGGGAAUCAGAGGGAAAUCCUGGGGAGUCUCAGAGUUAACGUUAGUCCCAGAUCCUCAAAGCCAUGGAGGUGACGCAAGGGCUGGACCUAGUCUCAACCGCCAUACAAAAUAUCUAAAGGACUCUAUCAAUGUAUCUAUGGCUUUAUCCAUUCUGGAACCAUGUAUGUUAUGUAUCUCACUAUGCUAUCGUAUAAUAUAGCUGACUUGUUGUGUUUUGGUUCGUUAUUAAUUAACAUGUUAUUUCUUGAUGUCUAAAAGCAGACUUCCGUCGUAUUCCAUGAAUUUAUCUUCACCAUGUUUUCACUGCUGUUUUCUUUAAGGAAAGAGGGAUGUAUUUUGGGGGAAAUUUGUAAAGGAGACAUUUCCUAUCCAGCUAGACAUCUGAUGGAAAAAAUCAUCAGAACUUAAAGGUCCUCUUCAUGUAAUCAUUAGAUAACAUUACCCAGCAGUGUUUUUAUGUGAAGAGUCAAUACCCCUUCCUGGGUAGGAUUUGGCCUGUGGUGGACAUAAUAAUCAUCAUGGAUGCAGGAAUGAAGCUUUAUGCUGCAGUGGACUGUAUAUAAAUGCCAGAUCUCAUGUGGGGCCACUCCUGGCGCCAGCUCCUCUUAACCACAAACACUUGAAAACAAUUCCUUUGCUUUUCAAUGACCAAAAUAUUUCAGUUAUUUGUAUCUGAAGAGGAGGUCAUAGGAGGGGCAAUGACUUUGGUUUUCAAAUGAAGGAGAGACCUAUUCAGAGUGUGGGUUCUUAAGAUAAACCAAAGUCGAUUGCCAUGUCUUCAACGAGGAAAAAAAAGCAAUGGAGUAAUUUCACAAGGAAAACUUGACGUAACCAACUUGACUGAUUUCAGUGUGUACAGUAGAUCUGAAGCGCUGAUGUCAAACCUCAACAUUAACUAGUGUUGUGUCAGUGUAGCAGGUUGGUGCUCCGCUGUAUUUUUAAACUGUUCAUUUUUGACGUGAGAACCUGGUCUCUUCUACUGUUGGAGAAACCAGUCUGUUAUCCUCUGUCUUAAAACCAGACCAAAUUUGUCAAGAGGAUACGUGUAAACAGAAUGUCCCUAAUUAAAUGUUCUGUCAAAUGUUUGACAUUGUUAUACUGGAAAUUACUAGUGUAGAGAUGACACAACAGUAGUGUAUUUGUAAGAUGCUUACUUUAUGGCAUACAAAAAAAGAGAAACUACAGUAGUGUUUCCCACUCUAUAUUAUAUUAUAUAUAAGUCUUUGUCUGUAUAAAAAUUUGAAUUGUCAUGGGGAAAAAGAUUUUGUGGAAUUUUUAAACUGUGAUGUAAUUUUAUUGUUUUUAUUUUUGUUUUUAUCGACUUACAAACUUUGCUCUUAUGUCUUGUUCAUAAAUAUUGCUUAAAUUAUUUGUCUUGUCUGGCAUUUCCCUUGCAUGCACCACAGCACCAAGUCAGACUUAAAAGUCCUUUUUAUGUUGGAAAUAUGAAAACUUUUAUUCAAAAGGGUAUUUGUCAAAAGAACCAGGCUACCUAAACUCACUUUUCAAUUAAAAUAAUAAUAAUAAAGAGAAAACAGAAUUCA